AUGCAAGAUGGUGGCAACGUUUUCCCACCGCCAAGCCUUGCUCAGAGUCCCGGCUCAUGGUCGCUUAGACAACAGUCCGAACUUGUUACCCAGCUUCGAUACUUUCAAAACGUCACGGAGAUCCCAGUUUGCAACAGUAUCCUGAGCCAGGCCGUCAUCUACAUCAAUAUCGGCAAUACCGUGGAGAUAUUGAGUGUAAAGGUCGCCGGUUGUAAUCAGAAGGCUGCGCGGUUCCUGAAGGAUCCUUGCCACAGGUUCGGGGUGCAAUGCGCCGUCGGCCUUGUUCUCAUAUAUGUUUAG